AUUUCACGGAAAACAUGGCGGACGUACAUGGACGGAAAUGGGACCGUUGCUUGGCUGACACCGCCGUGAAAACAUUGACGGGCCUUGGUGUCGGCAUUGUCUUCUCAGCCCUUUUCUUUAAACGACGGACGUGGCCCGUCACGUUUGGGUCCGGCAUGGGACUGGGGAUGGGAUACAGCAACUGCCAGCAGGACUUCCGCUCACUACACCUCAUUCAUGGACACGUGGUUAAGGAGCAGUAAAGCUGAGGAUUCGUCGAUGUCUUUGUGUGUUUUUGAUUCCUGUCUUGGCCUUGUUGCUCCUCCCAUUGCCCAGAUAUAAUUCAGUGCUUGUACUGUUAAUAAAAUGAACACUUGCUGAC